GCAGGAGAGGACAUUAUGGUAAGGCACCCAGCACGUGACCCUGUAACCCUGACACCGCCUACACUCUGAGCCCCUAGCGGCCAAAUAUUACUCUACAUCAAAGACAAUAUCGGAUUCACUUAAAUUACAAAUAUAUGUACAGACACGGCAAUGGCGCACCUUCAAGAAGCGCUGAAGAUCCGAGAACAAUACGGGUGGUGGCACUUCAACACAGCUUUAACCCAAACAAACCUUGCUCAAGUCUGCGUCUUGAGACACGACUUCCAGAGUGCGGCGGACUAUCUGCUGAAGUCCAGGAGCAUCCUAGCAAAGUGCACUCCCCAUCAUGAACAGCGCGGUCACGCGUCCCUGCUGUUGGCCCAUGUGUACGUCACACCGCCCCUCUAUGACCCCGGCCAGGUGAGUCGCUACCUGCAGGAGGUGCUGGAGGUGCUUGAUGUCAGGCAGCAGAGCCGCAGCUCGUCAGGCACGUUGAUGGUGUUGUCAUGUGCGGAGCAUUGCAUGCAGCUGGGCGGCUGGCGUUGGAGCGAGAUGGACCCCUACCUGAAGGUGGUUGAACAGCUGCUGAAGCAGUUUGAAGGCGACCUGUCUCCACAGCUCAAGGAGCACCAAGUCAUUUUUGAAAAAGUCAAGAAACUAGAAGGACAAGGGGACACCAUCAAAGCCGAGCAAGCUGAGGAACUGACGUCACACGUGGUGGCCGCCUGUCAUUUUUGCAACAUAUUUUACGACGAUAAAGACUUCAGAGAACUGUGGAGACGAGUGGAGAUGAACAUAGGUGAUCAGAUGAGAGUCUAUGAUCUCACGUAACAGCUGUGGACACCGAAGACACAUCUGCUUGGUGUGGACAUCCAGCCUCGUUUCCAGAUGUGCUUUUUGAAAUUAGUGUAAGAAAAGGAACAAAUUUGCGCAUGAAAUGAAUAGCGGAGCAGUGGGUGGAGGUAUGACCUCAGAUUGUAUGGCUUACUAUGUCGAUAUGUGGCGCAGUCUUCCAGAGAAGUUUUCUACAAUAAUCUACAUAACUCGAACUCUCGAGAUGCGAAUAAGUAUUCCUUCCAAAUGUAUGUGACUGAUUGGACAGUGUCGCUGAUGUCGGGUGGGAUACGAUUCGUCAAGCGUA